CUAAACUACAUUAAAAUGUUGCUAAUGAUAUUUUAAUAACAAAAAUUUUGAAUUACAAACCAAAUAGGAUAUUUUAGAAGAUAAAUAUUAUUGUAUCAUUUACGAACAGCUAGUACGAGUUCCAAGUCACAUUUUAAAAAUCAGUUUGAUGAUAAAGUCGCGAACAUUUUAUUUAUUAUGGACUUAAUACAUUUUUUAUUCUUGAUACUACUCGGUUUUUAUUCAUUGGACAAAGUAAAUACUAUCGCUGGUGGUAAUAAAAACAGAAUCAGCGAAAAGGAAAAUCAACAUUGUGUUUGUGUGCCUUAUUGGCAGUGUAAAGAGGAUUACAGUGGUUUAGUAGAGGAUGGAGGAGAAGUAAUGGACAUAAGAAUGGCAGACUCAGAUUUCGAAAUUCCAUGUUCCAACGAUUUUGACGUGUGCUGUCCAGUGGAGUGCGGAAAGAGGAAAAAUACUAUUAACGAUAUACUAUCGGAGAAAAUAUUUGAUGGAAAAUAUUUCGGGUUUAGGAUAUUGGGUAACAAUAACGAAGCCGAAUUUGGAGAAUUUCCUUGGAUGUUGGGAAUUUUGGAAGGCCAAAUUUACAGAUGUGGAGCAUCGCUGAUUCACCCACAAGUAGCUAUCACUGCUGCACAUUGCGUUAGCCGAAAAGGACCAUUUAACAUCAGAGCUGGAGAAUGGAACUGGAAAAUAAAAUCGGAGCCCUUACCUCAUCAAGACCAAAUUCCUAAAAAGAUAAUAAUCCAUCCAAACUUCCACUCACCUUCUCUUCGCAACGACAUCGCAAUAAUCAUCCUUAAAUCACCAUUCAAACUCAGCGAAAACAUCGGCUUAAUAUGUUUACCCUCCCAAGGCACUCAAUUCGACAUGCAACGCUGCGUAGCGGCAGGUUGGGGCAAAAAUUCGCACCAAAAAGGCACCUACCAAUCUACACUAAAAAAGGUCGAUCUGCCCAUCGUGCCGCGAAGCAAAUGCCUCAAAACGCUGCAAGAAGUUAGGUUAGGCCCGUACUUUGAUCUGCACAAGAGUUUUAUUUGCGCUGGAGGCGAAGCUAAUAAAGACACGUGCAAAGGCGAUGGUGGAAGUCCUUUAAUGUGCCCUAUACUGGGUCGGCCUGGAAAGUACCAUCAAGUUGGUAUCGUGUCAUGGGGUUUGACGUGCGGUCUUCAAGAUACUCCGGGUGUUUAUGUUAAUGUGGGAUUGUUUAUUGAAUGGAUUGAUAUGGUGUUGAAGGUGCAUGGGUUUGACCCGACCGUUUAUAAAUAUCAAAGAAGAAGGAGGAGAAGUGUUUAGGUUAACUUUAUAUUAACCUACUUUGUAUAUAAUUAAAAUUAAUGUAAUUAUUAAAAAUGUUUAUUAUACUUAAAUUUUGUUUUCAUUUACACAUCUAACCCACUCUCAUAUCUACAACCUUUGAUCAUAUAAACAUAAACACUAGAUAGGUAUGUUUAAAAAUUUUGUUUGACUCAUAAUUUUUUACCAUAUUUUUUUGUACUUAGGUCGUUUUGAAGUAAACUUUUUUGCUAACCCUUUUUUAAUUUUUAUUUUACCCACCUAUGUUUAUAAUAGAACAAACAACAAUAUCAAUGGCCAAAGUGCAGUACCUCGUAUCUGCACAUUUUUACAAUUUUAGGUUUUUAAUGCUAACAUUAGAAAAUUCCUUAAAAUAUCCAGAAUAAUCCAAUUACAGGUUUCAACAAUAUAUUUAUUAGCUCGUAUGAAAUUCUCUUAUAAAUAGAAUUCAGUACCUCGUAUACCGUCAGUCGCCAUUGUUUUGUGCCGUUAAAAAUUUUCUGUAAGUAACGCUCUUAGAU